UCCAGCAGGCGGAGGACGAGGAGGGGGCGGGCAGGGAAGCAGCCCGCCCUUCGUCCUGCCCUUUGCCCUACUCUCUGUCACCUCUGGGGGAAGGAGUGGAACUCAGACUUGCUGGUCUGAGCCAUGCACAAGACGGGGCUGCUAGGCCUCUGUGUCCCGGUUUGGAAUUCGGUGCGGAUGGCCAGCUCUGGGAUGAACCGCCGGGACCCGCUCGCGAAUAAGGUGGCCCUGGUAACCGCCUCCACCGACGGGAUCGGCUUUGCCAUCGCCCGGCGUCUGGCCCAGGACGGGGCCCACGUGGUCGUCAGCAGCCGGAAGCAGCAGAAUGUGGACCAGGCGGUGUCCACGCUGCAGGGGGAAGGGCUGAGCGUGACGGGCACCGUGUGCCAUGUGGGGAAGGCGGAGGACCGGGAGCGGCUGGUGGCUACGGCUGUGAAGCUUCAUGGAGGUAUCGAUAUCCUAGUCUCCAAUGCUGCUGUCAACCCUUUCUUUGGAAGCCUAAUGGAUAUCACCGAGGAGGUGUGGGACAAGACUCUGGACAUUAAUGUGAAGGCCCCAGCCCUGAUGACAAAGGCAGUGGUGCCAGAAAUGGAGAAACGAGGAGGCGGCUCAGUGGUGAUCGUGGCCUCCAUAGCAGCCUUCAGUCCAUUACCUGGCCUCAGUCCUUACAACGUCAGUAAAACAGCUUUGCUGGGCCUCACCAAGACCCUGGCCAUAGAGCUGGCCCCAAGGAACAUUAGGGUGAACUGCCUAGCACCUGGACUUAUCAAGACCAGCUUCAGCAGGAUGGUGAGGAAGGAGAGCUCUGCAUCCCACUGGAACCCCUUGAAGGGCAUCCAUCUUCUUGGACAGCUCUGGAUGGACAAGGAAAAAGAGGAAAGAAUGAAAGAAACCCUGCAGAUAAGAAGGUUAGGUGAGCCAGAGGAUUGUGCUGGCAUCGUGUCUUUCCUGUGCUCUGAAGAUGCCAGCUACAUCACUGGGGAGACAGUGGUGGUGGGUGGAGGAACCCUGUCCCGCCUCUGAGGAUCCGGAGACAGCCCACAGGGCAGUGUUGGGCUCUAGCUCCUGGUGCUGUUCCUGCAUUCAUCCACUGACCUUUCCCACCUCUGCUCACCUUACUGUUCACCUCAUAAAAUCAGUUCUGCCCUGUGACAAGAUCCAGCCUUCCCUGCCUUCAAGUUAGCGCCUUACUCAGGAUUCCUGCUGUUGCUGUGGCCUUGGGUAAAGGCCUCCCCUGAGAACACAGGACAGGCCUGCUGACAAGGCUGAGUCUACCUUGGCAAAGACCAACAGAUAUUUUUUGCCCGGGCCACUGGGGAAUUUGAGGGGAGAUGGGAGAGAAGGAAGCUGGAGUGGAAGGAGCAGAGUUGCAAAUUAACAACUUGCAAAUGAGGUGCAAAUAAAAUGCAGAUGAUUGCGCGGCUUUGAAUCGAA